AUGUUGUCGCGAUCUCCUGCUUUACGGGCUGCUCGCUCCAAGCCCUGCAACAUUGGUGGUUCUCCGCCAUACAGCCUUCGACGCGCCGGUUCGCAACAGGUCCGGUACAGAGCGCCGACGCUCACGAAUCUUCGAUCAAACAGCACGACUGCGGGUCCGAAUCGAGUUGAUUCUCUCUUGCCAAUACGUCGCCCAGGGCGAAAACAUACGGGAUACGAAUCGGGACAACCAGUGGUUGGCAGACGACAUGCCUCAUCUCCAGCGAAAGAAGAAUCCGAUCCAGCGGAACAGGAGCUGGAGCAGCACCCGAUCUACCCUUUAAUUGAUAAAAUAACUACCACAGAAGCCGAGAUCCUGGAACUACUUGACGACCUUGACCUUACGGAUGCAUAUGGUGAGGCUACGGCUUCCAACGAUGGCAAACUUGACGAUGCGUUAGACAAAUCGAACGAAUACGUGGACGAGCAGACGGUGGAAGCACGAGUUGAACGAGCCAGGCAACUUUUCGGGCAUAAGCUACCCGAAGGACACCUCAGCGAGCAGGAAACGCUAGUGUUUACUCGAUUGUACGGCGAACCUAUUAUUGUUCCGGAAGAUGCAGCCGAACUGCAGGAGGAACCCGAGUCCGACCAGCUUUUCCGCGAAGACGGAAUCGGAGGAUGGGAGGAAGUCUCAUAUGAGGCCAGUGAAACACAGGAGGAUGGACCGGUCGUUUAUGAUAUGGAGAAGGGCCCUCCGGUGAAGGAAACCGCUGCUAUGCGCCGAACUCGAGAAGUGGCCGAGCAACUUGGGGCUGAAGUACUGCUUGAUUCGGCCAUCGAGGGCGAAGAAGGCGAUGGAGAGUCCUCGCCACGCCUCCACCCUUUAACAAUGAAGUCGAAGUUUUCCACCGACCCGCACACUAUAUUCCCGCCCAAAGAUACCCUGACCGGUCCCAUUGGCGCUAUCCUCUCAGACGCUUCCAAUAAGCAUAUAUCAGAGGCGGCUAUUGACGCAUUUGGUGGCAAAUUUCUUCCUCAAUCGGCCAGGACUGCGCCUGCACAAGCGCAAGAGCCUCAAAAAGCUAUCGGCCUUAGUUCAUCUCAGCGUUUCAUGUCGGAGAUGGAGGCCAAUGCAUAUCUUGCAGUUUUAUACCCAGCAAUGUAUGCUUCAUCUCUGAGCGUAUUGACCGAAGUUCGGAAACGCUUAGGGUCGGACUGGUUACGCUCGUUGAUUUCGCAGGAGGGUGGACCCAAUGUUCUCGAUGCCGGUGCUGGUGGUGCCAGUAUCUUAGCGUGGAGAGACGUCCUCCGUGCCGAGUACGAGCUCAUGGUUCCAGAUCAUCACAGGGGAGCGCCUUACCCACUGGGUAGAUCAACUGUCCUGACAGGAUCCGAUCCACUGCGUAUUCGCGCGAGUGUGAUGUUGGAAAACACAACCUUCCUUCCCCGACUCCCUGACUACAUCCACACCCGAGAGGGGCCUACCAUUCAUGACCAACGGGUCCCGAAACGAAAACAAUUUGACGUUAUCAUUGCCCCUCAUACCCUGCUCGGCAUCGACGAAGAACACGAAAGAAAAGAAUACGUUGAAAACUUAUGGCGGCUCCUGAACCCGAACGGCGGAGUCCUAAUUCUCAUGGAAAAGGGACAUCAGCGAGGCUUUGAAGCAAUUGGUGGUGCUCGUGAGAUGUUGCUGAAACGCUACAUCUCCAGCCCUGGUUCAACGGAGUACAACGACCUCACCGAAUCACCCAGAGACAGCACAACAGUCCAAAAAGAACCUGGCAUGAUCAUCGCGCCUUGCACAAACCACGAGAGAUGUCCCAUGUACCAAUCAGACGGCCAAGCCAAGGGCCGGAAAGACUUCUGCCACUUCUCACAAAGAUACAUCCGCCCAGCCUUCCACCAACGCAUCAUCGGCGCAAGGGAUCAUAACCACGAGGAUCUGAAAUUCAGUUACCUCGCCGUCCAACGUGGCAUUGACCUACGCCAAACCGAGGACAUCAAGCAAGGCCCCGAAGCCACAGAUGCUGCAUUCGAAGGCUACGAGAACCUGUACGAAGUAGCUGAAGAAACGGAAUCUGCCGAAGUUGAGACGCCCUCCGAGCCAGACCAGAAAUUCCACCCCCUUUCGCUCCCCCGCGUGGUAUAUACACCCAUGAAGCGCCGCGGCCACGUAAUCUUCGACCUCUGCACACCAGCCGGAAAAAUCGAACGCUGGACCGUUCCCCGGUCAUUCAGCCGUCAGGCUUACAAGGAUGCUCGGAAAGCAUACUGGGGUGACCUGUGGGCUCUUGGAGCGAAGACUCGCAUCCCGAGAAACCUGAGACUCGGCGAUAAGAAGGGUGAAGGGAAGAAGGAGCGGUUGGAAAGACGUGCCGCGGAAAAGAGGGAACGCGGCGAAGAGGACGACGAGGGCGAAUUCGAGGCUGACUUCGAUGAGCAGGCGUCGCCCCGUGAUUUGUCAGUCCCUACGCGAAAGAAGGGUGAGAACAAGGUUCCUAGUUGGAAGAAGCACGCGGAUAAUAAGAAGCUCAGGCAUGCUUCGAGAAAAUUUGCCCGGGAGAAUCUUUAA